AUGGGUACUUUCGACAAUAAGACGUUUCGUUCCAAGCGACAACAGGCAGAGUUUGAACGUUCUAUUAUUGGUCGCUAUCAGGCUUUAAUCAAGAAGAACUCAUUUUUGUAUCUGGGUCUUCCGAUGAUGUUGUCCGUGGCAUUUGGUUCGGUGAUUCUCUCUAAAUUUACAGCAUUGCGUUACGAGCAAAGAGAUGAGAAGGUGAAAGAACUUGACGAGCAACAAGCGCUUGACCUUGCCACUAAAAAACGGAAGGUGGAUGUCAAAGAAGAGUACUACAAGCUACAGGGCCUUCUGGAUGAGUACGAGGAUUGGGAACCAAAGAGAAUCGAAAGACUUCCUGGGGAAUCCGAAAAUGUGUUUUAA